CUGUGAAAGGCAUGCAUUGAGUCGAACACAAGCAACAGUAUGUCCGGCUGUGCUUGGAACUUUUCGCUAGAAUCGUCCUUAAUGUUUUCACGACUGUCGUGAUGCCAGUCUUUUGAAAGUAUAAAACCUUAACGUAUCAAGCUUUCAACGCGGUGUUUUCACAUCAAACGACGCAACUGUCUUUACCAUGACGAGCACUCCUGACUCGUCGGCGUUGCCGCUACCUCCAGAUUUUAAAUCCAUUGAAGAGAUCAAUAAUAUGCCAAGCGAAACCAUCAAGGCCGGUGCCAUGGUCAAUGUCAUCGGUUUCAUUAAAGACUUCCAACCACCAGUUCAAACGAGGGGCUCUGAUUACAAGUGCACUUUGGAGAUCUUAGAUCAAUCUACCCAGUUCGAGAUGCAUGGCCUAAAGAUCAUCAUUUUCUGGCCUUUGAAAAGCAUGCCAGCUGUGCUUGCUGCUAGAGACAUAGUUCUCCUUCGAAAAGCCAAGCUUCAAAUGUGGUCUGGAAGCGUGUCUCUGAUGGCAAACAAGGCUUCGGAAUUUCAUUUCCUAUCGUGCAAGAACCCAAUAUUACCAGGAGGAGCGAUGGGACCUCCAUGGACCUCUUAUCGGUACGAUUCUGGUAAAGGCAAAAUACCCAAUGAUAUCGAAACACGAUAUGUGAUUGAAGCCAAUCAUCACUCGAAUGAAAUGGACUUGCCCUCCGACCACGAAUUCGAAAGGAAGACUAAGGAAGCGAUGAGGUCUCGAGACAAGUUCAGCUUGCUAAAAGACGUGGAGCCGGAGAGGUUUUACAAUAUCUUAGGUCAGGUCAUCAAGGUGUACGGAUCUGGAGACAGAGUUACCUUGUAUCUCUCGGAUUACACUGCUAAUUCCAAAUUCUACAACUACGCCUGGGGCGAAGACGCGAAUGCUGCUGUUCGAGAAGGUGAUGAGUAUGGAUACACAAAGACCAAAAGCAAGGAAUCUAAAGCGUGGCCCGGCCCUUUCGGAAAGAUGACCAUCCAACUGACUCUUUAUGAUGCUCAUGCUGCUUUUGUGCAAGACGAAAUCGAAGUUAACCAAUGGGUUCUUUUGAGCAACGUUCAAAUCAAGUUCGGAAACAUAGGAGGACUCCUAGAAGGCUUCUUACGUGGUGACACGCAUCGAUUUGAGGGCAAGAUACAAGUCAAAGUCAUGGAACAAGCCGAGGAUCCAGAUCAGAAUGACACCAGAUGGAAAGAAGCAGUUCGGCGCAGAGUUGAGUGGUGGAAGAAAUUCGAAAAGCAAAAACAAAACAUUCUUGACGAAGCUUCUGGUGCAGGAUUGAAACGGAAGAAUGAAGAAGAACUGUCGAAAGGCAACAGCAAGAAACGUCGGAAGGAAAUGCGUGAGUUGGCUAAAAAGAAAGCUGCAGAAGCGGACGCCAAAUCUGCAACGCGGCUAGAUCUCAAUGACAACAUCCGCAGUACUUUCCCCGACCAACCAAUCCUGCCGCUCAAACAGAUUCUGGAACCGUUACCUCUUUUGAAAGAAGAAAAGAGCGACGGCGUCCUCUCACCGUUUACCGUAUGCAAAUAUAAGGCGAAUGUGAGAGUCGUCGACUACUUUCCAAAUAGACUUGAGGACUUCGCAGUGGGCCGCAGACCCAGCGACAUGGAUAUAUUGUCCGACUAUAGUGGAGGCGAAGAUACAGACCUGGAAGAAGACAUGCGAACCUUCCGUAGUGGAAAAGGCUUCGCUGAGAAGAAGUGGGAGUGGAGAUUUUCACUCCAAGUCGAAGACGUAGAUUCCAAGGACUCCCAAGGACGCUUGUGGUUAAUGGUCAGCAACCAUGAUGCACAGUGUCUACUGAAUCUAGAUGAUAAUGCGGCAAACCUUCGUCGAAACCCAGAACUUCUUGCCUCUCUGAAAGAGCAAAUGUUCAAACUCUGGGGUGACUUAGAAGAGCGCAAGUCCUCUACACUACCGAACCUGUCCGCAAAAGGGAAGGAGGAUCCGCCAGCGUCGUCCUUUGAUUCCUCUGUUUCAUCGCCGGCUCACAAAGCUGGUGGACAACCUGAUCUCGAUAGCGAUGACGAGAUGGGGAAUACCGGACGGUUGAAAUCCAAGAAAUCUGCCUCUGGAGUUUUACAGGAACGAGAUCCCAAUGUUCCAAUGACAGUAAAUGGUAUUGGGGCAGGAAGCAAAGCAGACGCUAACUUGACGCCGAAAAACAAAGCUUUCACCUGCUGUAUCAAGCAAUAUGGUGUCAAGGUCGACGAAGAAGAUCCUGCAAAAGCAAAUGCAGGUCCUGGCGAACGAUGGCAGCGAGUGUUCGGUAUGUUCGGCACGCAAAUAAUGUGAUUACCAAUUGUUGUGAAUUUGGAGCUUGGUGUAUUGGGAAUUGCAGCGAAGUAUACCCUCUCUAGCGAUCAAGCAAAUGGGUGUUGAUGUGUUAAUUUGCAAAGAAUGAAGCUUCAGAUAUUGCGUCGGAG